AAUGUCAAAAGUUGCCCAUGUUUACUUUUUAAAAGUCUGUAAUAAUUUAAAAUAAGUUUCUUUAAUAUUUAAAUAGCUACUUAUUCCGUAUUUUAACAAUUCAACUAAUAUAACGUUUAUGGUUUCAAUACGGGAUCGUGUAUAACAUUAAACUAUGGGUAAACGUAAAGGAAAAAGUGUGAGAAAGAAUCCGGUCAGCACGCAGGCCGCGGAGCCCGAGCACUUGGUAAAAGCACCACAUUCGUUCGUGAUCCACCGUGGCCAUUGCAGCAAGGACCUGGAGGAUUUGACCAAAGACUUCCGGAAGAUCAUGGAGCCCUUCACAGCGUCGCAACUUAAGGAAAGGAAAAAGAACACAAUCAAGGACUUCCUAUCGGUAUCAGGUUACCUGCAUGUGUCACACAUGAUCAUGUUUACGGAGACGGCACAGGGCUCCUACAUGAGGCUGGCGAGGCUGCCUAGAGGGCCAACGCUCACUUUCCGUAUACACAAUUUCAGCUUAGCUCGCGACGUGAUAUCCUCGCUGAAGAAGCAGUAUGUGAUGAUGAAGGCGUUCCAGCACGCUCCACUCAUCGUGCUCAACAGCUUCUCUGGGGAAGGCAUGCACAUGAAGCUGAUGGCCACCAUGUUUCAGAACAUGUUCCCCACCAUCAAUAUAACUACGGUAAAAUUAAAAUAUAUAAGACGUUGUGUGUUGAUGAACUACAACCCGGCCACGAAAAUGAUCGACAUGCGACAUUACGUGAUACGGGCCACGCCUGUAGGUCUCAACAAAGGUACCAAAAAGGUGAUACAAGGAAAAAUACCCAAUCUCAACAGGUGUAAGGACAUGUCAGAAUUCUUCGAUAAAGCGGCAUUGCUAUCAGAGAGUGAGUUUGAGGACGACCCUAGCUCGCAAGUGGUGCUGCCCCAGACGCUGACGACACGCGGCGCCGCCAGGGACUCCAAGUCCGCCAUCAGACUCUUCGAGUUGGGACCCAGGAUCACCUUCCAGCUGAUCAAGGUAGAAGAUGGGUUGAUGGACGGUGAAGUGUUGUUCCACGAGCUGGUCGAGAAAACGGAGGAAGAGAAAGCGUUCAUCAAGAAGAAGAGGGAAGAGAAGAAACGUCAAAAAGAGAAGCGCAAAGCGACCCAGGAGGAGAAUGUGAAGCGGAAACAGCAGCAGAAGGAGGAACUCAAGCAGAAGGCGCUGGAGGGCAUCAAGAAGAAGAAAGAGAUGACGGAAAGCCAGAGAAUGAUGGAGUUGGCGGCGGCGGAGUCCCAAGCUGCGGACAUGGAGGAGGACGACGCGGAGUACUACCGGGAGGAGGUCGGCGCCGAGCCAGACGCAGAUCUAUUCUCACAAAGGAAAAAAAGGAAAGCCGACGAUGACAAGCCCAGAGGUUUCAAGAAAAUGCGGUUAGAUAAAAAAACUGAGAAGAAAUUCCAGCGGAACCGCCCUAACAAACCACAGACCCAAGCGAGAGAUAGACAAGAUAGGGAUAGAAAAUUCAAGAGGCCUAAUGAGGAACAGAGAGGGCAGAAAACGAAGAAAGUUUUUGGCGGGAAAUUGAAUAAGCCUUUCAAAGGCAAAGGCGCCAAGGGGAAGGGAGGGGGGAGGGCGGGAAAGAAAGGCAAAGAAAGUAAAAAGCGCUAGU